AUGUUGCUCUUCCGUUUACUUUUCGCGCUUGUUGCUCUCGUCUUCGGUAUCUCCGCAAGAUCAGUCGGUUGGCCCUGGCCCGAAUGCAUCGGCUUUAACACGCAUAUACACCCUCGCUUGGGCGAUCUCGUCGUAGAUGGAGCUGGGAAGUAUCCUGGCAGCUUCAAAAGCAUUGAUUCGGCCGUAGCUGCUUUGAAGAAUACGACGGCUUUCCCUUACAACUUGGGUCAAACGAUAUUUAUCUUUCCGGGAAACUACACAGAGCAGGUUUACAUUGGCAAGCUCCUCGGCCCCCUCACCAUUCAGGGAUAUACCUGCGACUCUCGGUCAUAUAAAAGAAACCAAGUCACUAUCUCCUACAAUCUCUCCCGAUUAACCUCAGGGCUCACAAAUAAUGACCAAACAUCUACCGUUCGCUUAUGGACCUCCAAUGUCAAAUUAUACAACUUAAAUAUCGUCAAUAACUUCGGUGAAGGUGCUCAGGCUUUGGCAUUGAGCGCUCAAAAUACAAACCAAGGCUUCUACGGAUGCAAAUUUGUCGGCUGGCAGGAUACAAUUUACGCCAACGAAGGUCGUCAGAUAUAUGCGAAUUCUUAUGUGAGCGGGGCGGUGGACUUUAUUUUUGGUCUGAGAGCCUCUGCUUGGUUUUGGAAUGUAGAUAUCGAGCCACUCGGGAAGGGCUGGAUUACUGCAAAUGGAAGGGAGGCCGAAAAUAAUACUUCUUUUUAUGUUUUCACUAAAUGCAAGGUCAAUGGAGCCGGCAGCGCUACAGCAGGCUCGACUUACCUUGGACGACCAUGGAGGCAGUUCUCGAGAGUGGUUUUCCAAAAGAGCUACCUAGGUGAUGUCGUCAACCCGGCAGGAUGGUCGGUAUGGGACAGUAUUCAGCCGGUUGACAAUCUGUAUUACGGAGAGUACGAGAACACCGGUCCCGGAGCUAUAGGACUACGAGCCAAUUUUAGUAUUCAAUUACAGGGCCCUGUUAGCGCGAUUGAUAUCCUUGGGAAGGGUUAUCAAAAGGAAUAUUGGGUCGAUAUAGAUUAUCUAAAAUGA